GCACUUCAGCCACUUUGGCAUCCUUCCUGGACUUACAGAGACUGAAUCCACUGCUACUUGCUUAGGCAAUGGUUAUCCACAGUGGCUCAUGAUCUGCUUUUGACUGUACUUCAGCGUAGAGCGACUCUGAGUGAUUCUAUUUUUUUUCCUGAAACAUCGCCUGUGCUUUUUCUGUUUCAAAACAGCGGAUUGCCCGAAAAGCUGGUGCAGCAACUUUUCCCUGCAUACAUUCCCCCCACCAGAAUAUGUCGUUGACCAACACAAAGACGGGCUUUUCUGUAAAGGACAUUUUGGACCUGCCUGACACAAAUGAUGAAGAAGGAUCUAUCACCGGAGCGGAGGAAGACACAGAGGGAUCUGAGACCACGUCCACAACAAAAACCACUGGAGUUUUGGUGCAAAGUCCGCUAGAAAACGUUCAAAAUCUGCCUUUAAAGAAUCCCUUUUAUGACAGUAGUGACAAUCCUUACACACGAUGGCUUGCUACUACGGACAGUAUUCAAUAUUCAUUGCACGGUCUCUCCGCCAGCUCUCAGGACUCGGCCAAGUCCCCGGAGCCGUCCGCAGACGACGAAUCGCCGGACAACGACAAGGAAACUUCCAGCAGCGGCGGCAGCGACUCCGGCAAGAAGCGGAAAAGGAGGGUGUUGUUUUCCAAGGCGCAGACCUAUGAGCUGGAACGCCGGUUCCGGCAGCAGAGGUACCUGUCCGCCCCGGAGAGGGAACACCUGGCCAGCCUGAUCCGCCUCACCCCGACCCAAGUGAAGAUCUGGUUCCAGAACCACCGGUAUAAGAUGAAGAGAGCCCGGGCCGAGAAAGGUAUGGAAGUGACCCAUCUCCCUUCUCCCAGGCGGGUGGCCGUGCCCGUCUUAGUCAGGGAUGGAAAGCCUUGUCACACUCUUAAAGCUCAGGACUUGGCGGCCACUUUUCAGGCCGGGAUCCCCUUCUCGGCUUAUAGUGCCCAGUCACUCCAACACAUGCAGUAUAACGCUCAGUACAGCGCCGCAGCCACGCCACAGUUCCCCACAGCACAUCACUUGGUGCAAACGCAGCAGUGGACUUGGUGAGAGAAAUUGUAGAGACUUGGCUUGGGAGCACGGAUAGGGAGUUUCACCACAAAGUAAAAAAAAAGAAAAAGAAAAAAAAAAACAACAAACAAACAAACAAAAGACUUUUCAUUUUUGCAGCUUGACCCAUAUAUAUACUACCAUUUUUAUUCGGGGCUCAUGUGUGCGCCGUGUUUACAUGUUUUCGUUAAGAGAACUGGGUCCAAACCUCUCCCUUAUAGAUUUUAUUAAGAAUGUCAAUGCUCUUCUUGUGAAUUUUUUUGUAAAGUAUGUUGUGUGUUGGUUGUAGAGAUGUUUUCUUUUUUGUCCCUUCGUGUUAUCAGCACGUACGAACCACUUUAUAAUUAUAGAAAAUUUUAAUUUCUUGCUUCUUUUAUGGACCGAAAAAAUAUUUAUGGCCAUGAAUAAACAUUGGCAACUUU